GCAGCCCAGCUGCUGCCGUGACGUCACGCUUGUGACGCCCCGGAGCGUUCCUGUCAGUUGCGCACGAGCAGAGCCCAACGCAGGACGCUUCCGGAGCCAUGGCGUUUAACAGAAAUCACUCUCACAACGGCGGGGUUCUGAUUAACAACGGAGAAAGUAUUUUAAGGGAAUGUAAGAACGUGGAGCUGUCAUUCAGUGAUGUCACCUGUAAGACGGACCUACUGAAGGGGACCAAGAAGGGCACCGUGUACCUGACGGCAUACAGGAUGGUGUUUGUGUCCAGUAGUACAAAGGAUUGCCUGGGUUCUGCCAUGUUCCCCUAUUAUCUGAUGAAGGGCUGCAGCAUUGAGCAGCCGGUCUUUGCUGCCAACUACAUUAAAGGGACGGUGUCAGCCGAGCCGGGCGGUGGCUGGGAGGGUCAGGCACACUUCAAGUUGUCGUUCCUGAACGGAGGAGCCAUCGAGCUGGGCCAGCAUCUCUUCAAACUGGCAACCAACGCUUCGCGUGCGACGCCCACCCACAACGGCGCUUCUUCACAUCACGGCUACCCUUCACCCGGAAUGAUGAACGGCUACGCUCCGCCUGCUCCGCAAGGCUAUCCGUACGCGCCCCUCCCUCAGCAAAAUGGGUACUACCCGCCCCCUCCGCCCCCUGCCGCCGGCAACAUGGGCUACCCUUAUCCAACAGCCGCCACAGGAAUGUACCCGUUAGGAUAUGACUACAUGGCUCCCCCUCCCCCGUAUCCCGGACCUCCCCAAAACUGGGCUCCACCCCCUCAGAACUGGACAGCUCCAGCACCUCCAGGGCCGGGUAACGCCAAAGCAGCCGAGGCGGCAAACAGCGCGUACUACAAUCCCAGCAACCCGCACAACGUGUACAUGCCCACGGAGCGGCCUCCUCCGUACGCACCUUAUCCAAAUUCUCCCGACAAGAAAGACAACUAAGGCUCAAAACACCGUGACACUUCCCCUCUGAUCUUCUAAAGAUGGUUACCUGAUAGCAAAGUAUAAGUAUUAUAUAUGCCAUAUAUAAGGAUUUCUUACCAAGCAGUCAUAUUGCUUCAGAAAAUUUCCAUUUUAUGAAAUGGCGUCUUGCAACUACAUCCUGGAAGAAAAAAAAAAAACCCAAAAGUCCUCGGUGGCAUAAUUUGCUGGUCAGGGACGCUGUUUGGAACCGAAAGACGAGGGGGUGGGGAGGAAUGUAUUUUUUAUGGCAGAUAUUUAUCACUAAACACUUUAAUGAUUGAAGUUACAGUAGCUAUUAAUAACCCCGAAUAUGACCAAUGUAUUUUUGCAGUGUCAUUUCAAGAACUGUACUGUUUCCUAUACCGUUUCUGAGUGUGUGAGUGUGUGUGUGUGUAUGAAAACUAGAGUGGUUUGAAUUUUGGGAUUCCCAAUUCUUCUACUUUGGCGAUUUAAAGCAUUUAAAGCAACAUUUGUGUGACCGAGACGAUCCUGCUCUCAUCACAUUUUCCAUUGCAUCCAUUACAAUCGUCGUCACGUGUGCAAUAUUCCCAUUUCAUAUUGGUUGUAGUGGAACAGCAGGGACGAUCCCAGUGACCCCCGUGCUCUUAACCUUCUAUUGUAUUCAUGUAUGCAAAGGCAAGCUGAAACCAGAACACUCCUCUCCCUGUAAUUAGGCCAGUGUGCAGUUACCGGGCUUUGUCAUUUAGAAAACGGCCUCCUGUUAAAAAAAAGCUGAGCAUUUAUUUCCAAUUAGCACCUAUUUACACUUUUAGUUGGGAGUUAUCUUUUGCUUCCAUCGUCGAACGUCUGUGGAUUCAUAAUACUUGGAUGAAUUUUGUUUCUUUACUGAAAUCUAAUAAAUUUGACAUUUAUUGAAUAUAGUA